CUGGAACUUAACCAGUAGGUUGCAGUCUUCGGGAAUUAACUUAUGAGUUUGACCAGUGUUGCUGCACCAAGUGGAUGAGCAUAGGUUGUUGUACAUUGAACUUCGUUGUUUACAGAUGUCUGUUUCAUGACCAUUAGUUAGAAAUAGAUUGGUUGUAAAUUUUUCAAAAUUUAUUUAGAACUGAUAGAGACAGAAUUGUCUAUUCUAAGGAUAAGUGAGAAAUGGCGCUCCUACGUAAUGGUGACGGAAGGCGGUUUGUCAUCUGGUAGCGGGUCUGAUUCGGAAGCCACUGGUGACUCCGAUCUUUCGGACUAUCGUUUGGAUAACCUUGUUGACGAUAUUAUUGGAAAACUCUCAUUAUACACUUCCUGUAAACGGUCUGAAAUGACUAUUAAGAAUCGUAAAGACAGGGUAAAACCCGAAAGAGAUCCUCCAGGAACUUCUGCGAACACUCGCCACAGCUUUAGUUUCAAACCAUAUCCUUAUAAUGAAGAACGUAAAGAAAUUGUGUCUCAUCGUAACAGACAUCGUUGUCCCCAUCAUGAGUCCAACAUGAACCAGGAUAUUGAGACUCCACAUUCCCCCUUACCUUAUUCCUUUCCAAUUGAUGCACCUAUCUACUCGUCCCAUGCUGCUUUUGCCCACACCCAACCCCGUCAGAUUUCUCAACAACAUGAACCCUUGAGCUCUGGUGAAUGUAGGUCUCAUGUACGUGAGAAUAAAACGAACCAAGUGAUACCUCAACCCGCUGUGGUGGAUGAUGGCUCCGGGAAUAAUAGUGAGGAUGAAUACUACUUCGGAAAACACGCUCGAAGAGGUUCUCCCAUCCAGCCAACAGAUGAUAGUCUUGAGCGGCUGCUGGCAGAGAAGAAAGGCUGGAAAAUAAUCAAGGUUGGGUCUGACGGCGCUUGUUUGUUUCGGAGUGUUUCCCAUCAGAUAUUUGGUGAUGAAGAGAAGCACGACAUUGUUCGCUCUCAGGUCAUUGAUUACAUGGUUAAGAACAAAGAACACUUUUCACAGUACCUUACAGAAGAUUUUGAUCAUUAUAUAUCUCGCAAGCGAGAUACAUCUUGUUAUGGAAAUCAUGUUGAGAUCCAGGCAAUCGCGGAAUUGUAUAACAGACCUGUUGAGAUUUAUCAUGGUUCAGUAGAACCAAUCAAUGUAUUUCAUGCCGAAUAUUCCAAAGAAUUCCCUAUCAGACUGAGUUAUCAUGGUCGAGUUCACUAUAAUUCCAUAGUAGAUCCCUUCAAUCCAUCAUUUGGUCACGGGUUGGGUAUGCCUAACUACCAACCUGGCUUGGCGGAACCAGACCUCAUUGCACGGGCGAUCAGGGAAUCUGAAAGUACGCAACUCGAGGAGGCUAUGCUGCGCGAUAAGCUGGCGGAAACGGAACAAGAUGAAAUUGACAGAUGCAUUGAAGAUCAAGCAGUUCGGGAAUCCUAUUUUGACUACUUGAAACAAAUCUCAGUCCCUGUUACCCAGAAGGCAAAUGAGGCAAAUAAUACUGUUUCCGCAUCCAAAAAUUUGGAUAUACUUCCUGACCAGCAGAAACUGAAAUUGGGUUGUAGGUUUCCUGCGAAUUUGACAAGGAGUUUUGAUGUGGCGUCCUCUUCAAGAGCCUCUGUUCCGGACCCAAGAACUAAUGAAGACGGUUCUUCAGGAAGAGAACCACUGCCAAGCUCAUCUAAUUCACAAACCGACGUGACUCUACGUCAUAUCCCUGCUUGCAUGCUAGGAAUGGAGAAGAUGCUUUGAUUGCUAUGGUCAUGGAGCAGUCGAGACGCGAGUAUCUCGAGUGUCUGCGUAACAAACAAAAGACUCGUUUUAAUUCUGGUCAUGUGUCGCCAGAAACAUCUAACCUUUCAGAGUUCAAGUCUACUCAGGGAACUGAGCAUGAAAUACCAUCAGAAAUAUCAUUUAGUACGAGAUCUGAUGACAUUCAAGAUACUCCUAAUUUGGAUAGCAACUAUUAAACAGUUAUGUUCCGAAGUAGUUUGGCUGGUCAGUUUCAUAACUAAGUGUGCCUUUCAAUUUUCAAUGGCAUUCGAAGUUAUUGCCACUUGUGAUGUAUAGAUGAUUAUUGUCUUUCUCCUGUUUUCCUAAUCCUGGUUUUAGUUGAUUAACUACUCAAAUUACAAAUGUGUACUGUACCUUUGCUGCUGACCUAGGUUUGUUUGUAAUGAAAAUAUAUUAAAAGUUGCCUCCGCAACAUCACUGUACCUUGUAAUUAUACGCUUUUGUUCCAGUUCGAA